AUGUGUGAUAAACAGGAAAAGGCCCUGCCCCACCUGACACCUGGAAUGGGGUUUCCCAAAGGCAAAGGUGUGAGGAAGAAGUGGGAAGUGGCUUUGAGGAGAGAAGGAUUCACUGCAAGUGAUUGUUCAAUUGUCUGCAGUCAACAUUUUAAGCAGGCUGAUUUUGACAGGACAGUUCAGAUUGUCAGACUACGUGAUGGUGUUAUUCCAUCCCUCUUCAGCUUCCCGGUUCACCUCCAAAAAGGCAGGGCUACAUCUACCUCCAGAAGAGCUGAAGAAAGCCUGUCCGUGGCCUCUAAGGAUUCCCCAGAAAUGACAACCUCACACCCACAACCUCAGCCUAAUGACGAUCAUGGCUAUACCUUGCCUGCUUCUCCUACUGCUGUUAAGGCCAAAGUCAAUGAACAUUUGGCAAGAGUGGAGCGAGAAAAGAGGGCAAAGACCACAGUGAAGGAUCUUUUGGGGGAUUUGAGGGAAAAUAACCUCAUUAAUGAAGAGCUCAGUGAUACGCUUGCAUUCUACUCAGAUCUUAAGAUGGACUUUGUGGCAAAGCAUGAAUAA